AGUCAACGUCAGCGAAGGGAUCCUCUGUGCAUAACUCUCAAUGAAGAUAUGUCGUCUGCCUGGACUCGGCUUGUUUCCUCAGUGACUGCUUCCAUCGGAUCUCUUGUGCCUGCACCAUGGCGAAGUCGGCCCCAAAAAGACUCGACCUCCAUUCAAGAAGGGAUCGAUGGUAGAUCCCCAUACGGAAUGCGAAACGCCAUGUUCAAGGUUCUGAGCCGCCGGCUGUGGGUGUCACUUUAUCCAUCGAUUGCCGACGAAGAUCAGACAUCACCUAGCCCAGAGCGAACGGAGGAAUCGCACCACAACUGCGGGGAAGACAUGACUUGAUAGCAUCGACUCGACCUGGCUAGUGGUAUGUCAUAAGCAUGCCGCCGCUUCCUAUCGCCCGUACAGGGACAAAAACUAUAGAUACUUGGACCCCUGUCGCUGCUCCCGCAGGUUCUUGUCUUGGUGGGUUCUUCAUCAAAGCACUUUCAGCACUUCCAGUACUUCCCAUCGACUAUCCGCCCACAGACACCUACCUGAGAGACAACAAUGGCCACAGUGGACAUUCCCAAGCAACAAAAGGCCGCCGUGAAAAUCGGCAACGGCGAGUCCGCCAAAGCUCCGGUUCAACAAGUCGAUGUGCCCACACCCGGACCUGGAGAGAUCCUCGUCAAGAUCAACUGGACCGGCCUCUGUGCCUCCGACAAAUCCCUCAUCCAUGAUGAAUGGGCCCCAUUCGGCGUCGCUAUGCAGCCGGCCACCAACGGCAUCGCGGGCCAUGAAGGUGCCGGUGUCGUGGUAGCUGUCGGCGAUGACAUGCAUCACAAAUGGAAAGUCGGCGACCGAGCCGGCAUCAAAUGGGUCUGGAGCGUCUGCGGCGAAUGCGAAUUCUGCACCAACGGCAGCGACGAACUUCAUUGUCCAAACCAGAAGAACGCCGGAUUUACCGCGGCCGGCACUUUCCAGCAAUACGCACUCAGCGAUGGGAAAUACACGACUCGCAUUCCGGACGGCGUUGCCGACGAGGAAGCCGGCCCGAUCAUGUGUGGCGGCGUGACUGCUUACACUGCCUGUAAGAGGAGCGGCGUCAAGCCUGGACAGUGGAUUGUCCUGCCUGGCGCCGGUGGUGGUCUCGGGCACUUUGCAGUGCAAUAUGCAAAAGCCAUGGGCAUGCGCAUCAUCGCCAUCGAUGGCGGCGACGCGAAACGGGAUCUGUGCAAGAAACUCGGGGCCGAAGAAUUCAUCGACUUCACUCAAGUCCAGGAUCCAGCCGCAGAGGUUCUGAAAAUCACAAAAUACGGCGCUCACGGCGUCAUUGUCACUGCAGCUACGAAAGAGGCCUACGCCUCUGCACCAGGCUUUCUCCGACCCGGCGGCACCGUUGUGGCCGUUGGUCUGCCGAAAGACCCGACUGUGCUUGCCGGCGCACCUCCUCUCAUGUUGUGCCUGAGGAAGUUGAACAUUGUGGGCAGUGUCGUUGGGACGUUGAAGGACGUCGAGGAGGCUCUCGACUUUACUGCACGAGGGCUUGUACAUCCCAUCCUGACAAAGGGUACUCUGGAGGAUCUGGACAAGUAUAUGGACUUGAUGAUCGCUGGUAAGCUCGCUGGCAGAGCUGUGUUGAAGGUAUCAUAAUAGCCCACGUACCAAUAUAUCGAUCUACGUCCAAGGCACGCACUUCGGGCCUACUAUUGCCAAGUGCAUAGUAUACCCUCAAGCAAUUCGCAUGCGUCUCAAAACGGCCAUUCCGCACUGUUGAUGGCUCCUCUUGCGCUCAUGGACAAGAUCCCUUCAUGUUUCAGCAUAUUACAUUAACCGAUCCAGCUAGAAACAAACGACCACUAUGCUCACCAGUUCCACGUAUACCAUCAGCCAAACACUCAUUGCUUGUUGGGAAGCCAUCUGCGAGGGGCUUCCGGGAUCCACGUACACCAGUAUUCCUCCCCGACCAAGGUCCCUGCGACGAAGGCACUGGACUCGACUCCACAAAACAGCACACAUCAACCAUCAAAGCACCACCCUUCCUACCGCAAUACUGGUAUCCCUCCCUCGUGGCUCACCAACUGAACGUCAUCAACGCCGGGUUCAACACAAUCGGCAAGAGCAAAUGACUCGCCGCGACCGUACUCAUGGGCAAAAUGGCGAUGAAAUCUCCAAUCACCCAAUCAUACGGCAACCAUCCUCCAGGGUUACACGCAAGCCAAAUCAUGCCGGCGAUGGCAACCAGCGCAAAACAAAUGCUGAACUUGAACUUCCUGAUCACCUUGGGC